AUGGAAACUCCUGUGAAUGGUUUGGAGAUAAUGACACAACAGUUAUUACCAGAAUCGAACCAGUUGGCGUUUAUAACCCCAAAUGGGACACCUAGAACUAAUGAUAAUAUUGAUGAUGAUAAAAAGAGAUCUCAUGUUGACAACGAUGAAAUACCAACAAGUAAAAGAUCUAAAAUAGACAAUACGAAUACGUUGGUAAACUCCGUAUCAGAAAAUAUUAAUACUCCAACACCAGAGAUUGAAGAGAAUGUAACGAAGAAGGAUAAUUCUACAACUCAACAGGAAAAAGACGCGUCAACUACUCCAAUUACUCCAUUAUUAUCAUCACCACCACCUCAAGUCGAAGGUGAAAAACCACUAACAAAGAAACAAUUGGAAAAAAUUGAACGUCAAAAGCAAAGAGAAAUUGAGAAACAAGAAAGAGAUUUGAAAAAGGAACAAGAAAGAAUUCAAAAGGAAGAAGAUAAACGAGUUCGUGAAGAAGAAAGAAAGCAAAGACUCGCCGAAAAAGAAGCAGAAAAGGAAUUAAGAAGGAAAAAACUUGAAGAAGAGAAAUUAGAACGAGAUAGAAAAAAGGAAGAAGAAAGAUUAAAGAAAUUGGCUGAAAGAGAGGAGAAAGAAAAACAAAGAUUAGAGAAGAAAAUACGACUUGAAGAAGAGAAACGAAAACACGAAGAAGAAAAAAGGAAAUCUGAAGAAGCUAAGAAGAAGGCAGAGGAAGCUAAGCAAAAAAGUCAAAAGAAAAUCUCAUCAUUCUUUACUGUAAAUAACAACAAAACUUGUGCUAAGAAAUUAGAAUCGGAUACGUAUGAUCGAGUCUUUUUACCAUUUUUCCAAAAGACUAAUGUAUCAUUAUCAAACGGGUUUAAAUUAUCAAAUGAAAAGUUGACCAAAUCGGUAUUAGAAUUUGAUAACUUGUUCAAGAUGGAUGGAAAGAAUUCAAAUUUAAUUAAUGAUUUUCAAUCCACAAUGAAAUCAUAUUCGAUGAAGAAGUCCAAAUCCAUAAAUAUAACUGAUGUUCAUGUAUCUCCAGAAGAAAUUGUCAAUGCGUUAAACUCUUCAAGUAGUACCGAAGAACAUAUUCAAAAAAUGGUACAAAACAUUUCUCCAGUGAAAUACUUACAAUUUUAUGAAAACUCUAAACCACCAUAUAUUGGGACCUGGUGUUCCAAUGAACAUAUCAAGGUUAGAAUCCCAUGUACAGACCCAUUCAACACAACCAUCAGCGGUAUGGAUUACGAAUAUGAUUCAGAUUUUGAAUGGAAUGAAGAUUCGGGAGAAGAAGGAGAAGGAGAGGAUAUUGAUAAUGAAGAUGAUGAUGAAGAAGAAGAGGAAAUUGCAGAUGAAAGUGAAUUUGAAGAUUUUGUUGAUAGUAAUGAUGUACAAAAGAGAAAGAAGAAAUUUAUUGGACCAUUGGUAUCUAUAAGUUUAUGGAAUGAUGGAACAGAUGAUGAAUUCUUCUCUCUGAUGAAAUAUGAGCCAAUAAGGUCUACAGUUGAAUUCCCUAUUGACCCAUAUGGAGAUUAUUCUAAAUCGAAGCUGCGAAUUGUAUCAACGAACACUACUUCUGACAAGGUAUCUACCAACACCAGUACUAAUACAAGUAAUGUUGCUAGUACCGAUGAAAAUUGCAACGACUCUUCUACACCUUCUUUAACCGAUAAACCCGAGAAAACUGAUACUACUGCUACUUCCGAUACAUCUGGACUUCCUACUAAAAAAACUGUAUCUACCGAUUCUACAGGUUCUAUCGCAGCACCAAAAGUAUUAAUACCACAUAAACCCAAAAUCACUGAGACAAACAUUUUAAUUGAGUUAAUAAAAUUUGUUGAAGAGAAUAAUGAUUUUACAAUUGGUACAUUGGUUGAUAUUGCCCAAAAGAAGUUCAAAUCAUUUACAAAAAGCAUAAUCAAAAAUACAAUUCAAGAUAUUUCUUCUUAUAAUAAGAAAUCAGGAAAUUGGGAAAUUAAUAAAGAUUUAAAAGAGAAUUUAACUAAACAACAAGUAUAA